GAUUGCAUCAUCCCUGAAGUGGAACACGGUCGCAUCCAGGACUUCGCCCGUGGGAGCAAAGUGCAGCACGACGAGAAUGUCACCGUGGAGUGCCAACCCAACUACGAGUUCCCUCACAGUCACAGUCCCGUCGUGUGCAAGAACGGGACGUGGACUAUAGCGCCCGUUUGCGUCCCAGCUCGAUGCAAGGCGCCGCCUCUGAUUCCGAAGAAUGGGUUCGUCAUAUCGCCGAAGACGGAUCACGGUCGAAAGGCGCUCUACAAGUGCAACGAUGGGUUUCGCCUCGUCGGAGACAACGUCACCGAAUGCCUCUACGGGAACUGGACCGGGUUAUCCCCGAUCUGCGAGGAAGUGUUUUGUCCAUUCCCGGGAUACAUCGACAACGGGAAGGUGUUGCUGGUGGGCCACCAG